UAUGAUCUAAGUUACUCAUACUAAGUUACUGAUACCAUGUUAUGUCAGUAGUUGUUCGGGAAACUGAAAACAUUUUAAAACCUAGGGUGGAUUUGUAUGAAAACCAAGUUUGUGUGUGUGUAAAUGCGAUAAAGGUCAUUAAAUGUAUUUACUCACUCAGCAGGGAAAAAUUAGAAACCAUGAUUAUGGGCGGAGCUGUUGUAUGACAUCACUGAAGGUUAGUCAAAUAAUUAAAUGAAAGUGAAGCUAAGUUAAACAGAGGAGCUGGAAGUUUUUUUAAAAACAUCAACCCCAAACACUGAAACUACUGAUCGCAUCUGAUAUUCAUCAAUAGCAUGGCGUCCUCCAGUGGUGCACUUAGUCAUGAGCUCCAGUGCUUCAUCUGUCUGGAUGUGUUCACUGAUCCAGUCACCACUCCAUGUGGACACAACUUCUGCAGAACCUGCCUGAACAAGUUCUGGAGAAACACACAGACCUGCUUCUGUCCAAUCUGUAAAGAAACAUUCAGCAGAAGACCUGAUCUCAUUGAUCCCAGAAUGCAACCUCUAGUGAGGGGGACAAACCAACCCACACUCCAUCGAACACAAUCUCUACCGAAGUGGACAAACAAACCCCCGGUGCCGGUCCCGCUCCCCCGUAUCCGGUCUCUAAAGAGGAGAAACCAACCACCGCUCCCACGAAUGCAAUCUCUACAGAGGGCUCAAGUCAAUAUGAUAUCCACAGGGCCCAGAAACCAUAGAGGCACCCCUGAGUACAAUGAUGAGAGUGUUGUGCAACACUUUCAGGAGAAGCUCAAUCUAGGAUCUGAAGUGUUUUGUGACAUCUGUGUUGAAAGAAAGCAGAAAGCUGUGAAGUCCUGUCUGAUGUGUCAAAGCUCUUACUGUGAGACUCAUCUGGAGCCCCAUCACAGAGUCCCACGUCUAAAGAAACACAAACUGAUCAACGCUGUGGAAAAUCUGGAGGAUUAUAUAUGCCAGAAACACGAGAGACCUCUGGAUCUGUUCUGCAGAGAUGAUCAGACGAGUGUGUGUCUGUCCUGCACUGAAGGAGACCACAGGACUCACAACACUGUUCCUAUAGAAGAGGAGAAUCGAGAGAAGUUGGUUAAGAAAAAGACGGUGCAGCAUAUGAUUCAGAACAAAAUGAAGAAGAUUCAAGAGAUCCAACACUCAGUAGAACUGCGAAAAAGGAACAUGGAGAAAGAGAAAUCAGCCAGUGUUGAGCUCUUCACUGAUCUGAUCCGCUCCAUUGAGAGAUGUCAGUCUGAGCUGCUGAAGAUGAUGGAGGAACAGCAGAAAGCAGCAGAGAAACAGGCUGAAGAUCUCAUUAAAGAGCUGCAGCAGGAAAUCACUGAUCUGAAGAAGAGAAACACUGAGCUGGAGCAGAUCUCACACACUGAUGAUCACCUGCACCUCAUUCAGAUGUUCUCAUCCCCCCACAGUCAUUCACACACCAAGAACAAGACUGAGAUCAGUAUUGAUACUGAUGUGAAUGUGCUCCCUCUGCAUAGAGCUCUGACUCAACUGAAGAAAACACACACGGCACUAACUAAAAAACUCAGUAAAUCAGGGUUGGGAUGGGCUCAGAAGUAUGCAGUGGAUGUGACUCUGGAUCCUGAUACAGCGAAUCCAUGUCUAAUCCUGUCUGAUGAUGGGAAACAAGUCAGUCAUGGAGACAAUACGCAGAACGUCCCAGAAAACCCAAAGAGAUUUGAUGACUAUUGUGUUCUGGCAAAGCAGGGAUUCAGUUCAGGCAGAUUUUACUAUGAGGUUCAGGUAAAGGGGAAGACUGGGUGGAGUGCAGGAGUGGCCAGAGAAUCUGUUAACAGGAAGGGGGACAUUAGUCCGAGUCCUGAGGAUGGGCUCUGGUCUAUGGUAUUGAUUAAUCGGAGGCAGUAUAUAGCUUGUGAUAAUCCAGCAGUCGGUUUCUCUAACAGAAGGACACCUGAGACUGUGGGAGUGUUUGUGGAUUAUGAGGAGGGUCUGGUCUCUUUUUAUAAUGUGGGCUCCAGAUCUCAUAUCUACUCUUUCACUGCUCAGACUUUCACUGAGAAACUCUAUCCAUAUUUUGGCCCUGGCCAUAAUGAUAAAGGUAAAAACUCAAACCCACUUAUAAUUUCACCUGUCAGUUGAGACAAAGUGUUUUUCCUGAAAUCUCAUCUCAAAACAUUAACCAACUAUAAAUGUACUGUUAAGGAACCGAAUAUGUAAAGCAAUACCAAAAAAGUAAUUCACAUUCCAAAAUGAAAAAUUAUUUUAAUAAUUAGUUUAUAUUAAUGAUAAUAAAUGAGUGUAUGUGUUUAA